CUUGUGGCCAUUCUUCAGAAGUACACGUCCUUGCUCGCCGGUGUGUGUUGUUAGGCAUAAAUUAAAUGGCUCUUCAAAUAUUGUCCAGAUUCUCAAAGAUAAUACCCGUCGGGUCGAGGUUUCAUCCGACGACAUUCCGACUUCAAACCAGCGGCGGGUUUAAGGUGGAACACGACCGACGGAACCGGCGCUUCACCGUGUCUCCGAGCAGCGGCACAGGAGCAAAUGAGACUGCAACACUUCUCUACAGAUUCACAGAAACCAAGCAGGUGGAACUCAUGUCCACCUUUGUCCCCGAGUCUCACAGGGGGCAAGGUGUGGCCGCUGUGCUCUCAAAGGCUGCCAUUGACUUCCUGCUUGAGGAGAAGCUGAAGGCUCGAGUGUCCUGCUGGUACAUCAAGAAAUACAUUGAAGAACAUCCCCGUCAGGACUAUAAAGAUGUUAUCAUCAGCUGAGACCAUUAUCAGGUUUAUCCUGGCUGAAAACACACAUGCACAAACACAACAUAGACCAUAUGCUGAAUAGUAACUGAUGCAUUUAAUUUGCACAAUUGAAAUGGACAUUCAGUAUUUAAUAAUUGUAAAUACAGUAUCUUAGAAGAUAAACAUGUUAAUUGUGAUUGUAUUGUUUGAUUUUUACAUUGCUUCUCUUAUCCAAAUAAUUCCUCGCAAAAAAGGUAUUUUUGUAGACAGGUAAAAGAGCAACACGCUUAUGAGACACAUUCUCGCUAACAUUGUUAGCUGCUGCCAGAAAACACAAGUUAGUGACAUUGUAAGAACACAAAAUAUUUAAGUGUUGCCUUCAGGGGCCCAGCGUCACCUUAUUUACAAAGUGGUCGCUAGAAAAUAUUGCUAGAAUUGAAAAAUAUUAAUAGAAAGGUAGUUUUGAGCUGAUACUUAACCUGCCUUUGGUAUCGGUACGAUUGAUAUUUGAUCAGAAGGUCGGACGGAUCUUAUUGUCGUUGGACAAGUACAACAACAUUUCAUUUUUAGCAGAAACUGGUUCGAGAGCAGACACACAUUGUACAGGGUAACUGAACAGGAUUGCUGAUGGGUCGCCACUUAGGGGGUCCCGUAAAAAGUGGGAAAAAUGUAGACGCGUGGGGAGAAUGAGUAAGUAUAACCCAUUUAUCAUUUAUAAAAAAAAAGUUGAUCUCAGACUGAGCUUCUAUGGGGGGAGCUUCGUCUAUGCUUCAAUGGCCGAUGCUCAUAUCCAUUUGUUGAAACAGAAACCACAAUACUUGCAACAGGAGGCGAGCAAAGCUGCUAGCCGCAAGGAGUGGUGCUCCGUUUUCCUUGAUACCAAAUGGGGUGAAACGUCGAAGGCGUGGGAUGGGGGGUUGGAGUGAGAGACAGAGGAGUUUGUUGCGUCUUCACUGCACUAUCCUCUGGGAGAGUCUCGAAGUAACAACCUUGCCACGUCGCUUGCAGCCAGUAGAAAUAACCCAGAUUAGAAUGUUUGUGUUUAAGCGAGCGAAAAAACAAAUUUAAACUUUUCACUCUAAAUGUCUAUGUGGGGACCUCAAAUGUAUCAUACUUCGCAAUGCAGAGCAGAUGGUGUCUCCAAGAUGUCGUCAAGUUUGCACAUUAGUCCAAAAUCUCAAAUGUCAUAAAGCCAGGCAGUCUAAUAUUUGGAUCUAUCCACCCAGAAGGGACAUCUGGUUGGCUAAAAGUUGUAGCAUAAAUAGAGUGGAUGAAAACAUCUCAAAUUAGGGUAUUUGGAGCAGUGUGUGUGUGUGUGUUUGCCGGGUGGAUGGAGGCACCGCAUGGUCACAUGGGCAUGAGGAAGUAUUUUAAGGACAUGUAUUCACGUGUCAGUUGAGGAAACAGGAGGCAUGUUUGAGAUGCCAUCAUUUUUGUUUACCACUUAAUUAUGUGCCAUAGCGCUUUAUUAUAUGCUUUGUUUCACUUCAUACCACUCGACUUCACGCCGCAAAAAGUCAAUAUUCCUUUGCAUCUUUUCACAGACAGGGAAUACAGAGGAACCUCGAUUUACGAACGCCUUGAUUUGCAACUUUUUUGGUUUAGGAGUGUUUACAUCGCGCAAAAUAUGCCUGUGUGAGAACCAUGUCUCAGUAUAGGAACACUUUAUUCAUUCAUUCAUUUUGCAUGCUGCUUGAAGGCAUCAAGGGCUGCCAUUUUGAUGACAUCACUGCCUAGUGGGCAUGGCCAUUUUAAAGAGGCAGGGCCCCCUACGUCACAUCCUCAGUGGCCUAGUGGUGUCCGCCCUGAGAUCGGUAGGUUGUGAGUUCAAACCCCGGCCGAGUCGUACCAAAGACUAUAAAAAUGGGACCCAUUACCUCACUCAGCAUCAAGGGUUGGAAUUGGGGGGUAAAUCACCAAAAUGACUCCCGGGCGCGGCCACCGCUGCUGCCCACUGCUCCCCUCACCUCCCAGGGGGUGACCAAGGGGAUGGGUCAAAUGCAGAGGACAAAUUUCACCACACUUAGUGUGUGUGUGACAAUCAUUGGCACUUUAACUUCAACUUUAACUGUUUACAUCCUGUACAAACCGGCGCGGCCAUUUCGAAGAAUUUCAACAGCUAGCGGCACUUCUGACGGGUUUCUUUUCACAAUUGUCGUACCUUGCGCAGGUCAGCACUGUGUCAGCCUGUCUUAGAAAUCCCUUUGUGUGAUCGUAAACUGCUUUAAAUGUGUCCAAAAUCUCACAAUCUCGUUGUAUUUGUACGGGUUGCUAGACAACUGCUUUGAGCGAGCGUUUUAGCUAGUUAGCCUACGGCUUGCGGCCCCUUCAGUUCGAGGGUUUUAUCAGCGAAGGGGCCUUUGUUCUGCAUCAAGUCUUUAAUUGUGAGGAGACCAAAACAAGAUGCCACAGCAGACCUUUAUUACAGUGAAGGAGAAAGCACUACCUAGACACAGGCCGAUGAAGGAUCGCCUCACACUGCUCGUUUGUGCUAGCGGUGACCAUGUGUGUGCGUGUUGACAUUUAAGCUUGCUGUAAUGUUGUUGUGUUGUUUGGAUUAAAAAAUAGAUUUUUGAGCCAUUACUGCCAUUACCUCAUUGAUAUGUUGGUUUGAGAUACAUAUGUAUGUAUGUGUAUAUAUAUAUGUGUAUAUGUAUGUAUAUACAGUAUAUACAUAUAUGUGUAUACGUAUGUAUAUACAGUAUAUACAUAUA